AGUGGCAAGAAUGAUGAUCAAGGUUUUUCAGUUGCUGUGGUUUCCUGUUUGUAGGUGGGAUAUAGAGAUGCAAGUCUAUUUGCUAAAUUUGCUGUGAAAAUUAGCCUCGUGAAUGAAUUACGAAAACUGAAGCCCCUGAAUCGAAGCAUGCGUUAUCUUUGCAGUGGAACAUUCGAUGGAUGAUGUUGUGCUUGUGAGAAUAUAAUGUAUCAGUAUGUCAUUCCUGUAGUUUGUUUGUGUAGGUUACAAGAACACCACAAAAUGCCACAAGUGUGGGAGGCAAGAUUGAGAAAUUAUGACUCACUGUCCGCCAUAACGAAGCGACAAGUUAAUGCUCAUCAGACAACAUACAUAUGUACUUUUUUUUUUUUUAACUCUUUCAUUAAUCUCUUGUUAAACUGCAGGGAAACACCUGUGUUCUGUGACACUUUAUUUACGAACAUUAUAUAGCAUGAGUUACUACUCAUUUGUUGAUUUUUGUUUUGUUUUUUUUAAAUGACCAAUUAUUUGACAGCAAGUCUUGCAAUGGGACACCACAAAAAUGAUUGUUCUAAUGUUAUCAGUUUCUCACCAUAUUAACACAACAUCAAGAUAACAUAAUGCUUUUCUUGCUCUAUAAGUUUUGAUGCCUUAACGACUUUAUCUUCAGAAUCUAACAUUUGAUCAAAUCUGCAUGGCGGCAGAAAACCAAGCAAGAAACCAAACCUUCAGAUAUAAGAGAUGAGAGAAGGAGGGAGGUGAAAUGAGCAAGAGAAAAGCCAGUUACAAAGAUGAAGAGGGGAGAAAAAAAGAUGCUGACUGGUGCGAGUGAUAGAACGACACUUUCUCUGAGCCUAUGAGGAGGCAGAGAGCAAGUGCAGCGAGGAAAGAAACCUAGACGUGAAGUUCUUUGCGGCAGAGGCCCUGUAGAUCAGGACACACCUCAGUGGCGCAUAUGAAAUAAUAAACCUUAAAGAAGUAACUUCAGCAGAUAUGAGCAACUGGCAUUAAGCAACUGACUACUGGCAUUGCUUAAAUUUGGGUUGGGAGGUGAACUAAAGGGGAGAAACUGAGGAACAAGGAGUGAGCUGUGAGGGAGGAAAAUGGUGGCACCUUCAGUGUGAGCUGUGAGAUAGGUGUGAUUUAUACAAACUGCAGUGUGUGUGUGUGAACUGGUCGGCAGUUUAAUUGCAGGUUUCUGCUGAGCAGAACGUGUGGUGUCUUGAUUGACCUGAUUGCUGCUACUGAUACUGUUAUGGACUCCACUACACUGCUGUCUGUGGUGGGCGGGGCUCUCCUCCUGUCAAUCAUCCUUGUAACCAGUCUUUGUACAUACUGCUGGGGACAUAGACAACCAACAUCCAUCCAUCAGAGGUCCAGUGACUCAGAAUACCCCCCAACAUCAGGUUUUGUGGUUCGGCAUCCCGUGUCGACAUAUGCGCCCCAUAUGGACCAUACCAGAAUUGUACCUUACCAACAUUCCAAUUCUCUUGGUUCACCAUCUAUCACUGUCACAAAGGUGCACUCCUGUCCUCCCUCAGAAACUGGAAGUCAAGCCAGUUAUGUGAAUCAAAACGGUGAGGAGGGAAUCAACAUUCAUGACAAUCAUCAUGAGAGUGGCGAUGAGCGGAGCAAUCGGCCUCAAAGUGAAUACAUAACUGUUCUUCCUGAUCCCCCAAUCACACAGUCGCAGGGACCCAGCAGAGCUUCCUCCCUGAGCUCAGGAGAAUGUUACAUAAAUGUAGAAAAAGAUGAGAAUGUGUCUGAAGAAGAUCAAUGCGACAACCAGACAUGCGUGGAUGAAUCAGACUCAGACAUGCACGAUUAUGAAAAUUUCUGUAAUUCUUCAGGCCUCAGAAAAAAAACCUAUAGUCUGUCCCGUGGAAGUCAAAGCAGUGAUGAACGGGAGAGCUCUGAUUAUGUCAACACAGGCCCUAGUUUACAAUAAUCAAGAAUUUGCCUUUUACCAAAUAGACAGUUAACAAGGUCAGAGGCCUAACCAUCAUCCUGACUGCCAGAGGAGUUUCCAGACUGAACUAGGCUUUGAAUUUUGAUCACCAAGAAAGCAUCGAACCUGUGUCACCUCUGAAAACGUCCUCCCUCAAUCCUUACGACAGAUUUGCUGACGAUACCUGAGAAUGUUUUUAUUAGUUUUUUUUAGUGUUUUUAUGUUUUAAAUUAACAGUUGCUGUUUACAAUGUACUGCAUCCUGGCUUUUACUUUCAAAUAUAUGAGCACAAAUUUCUUCAACUCUGCCAUGUAAUAUAUAGCUUUUUGUCAUAAAAAUGCAUAAACCUGUUAGCUAUUGGUUUGUAAAUGGGGAAAUAAAAGUUUUAUGAAUUCAAA